UAAAAAAAAUCUAAGAUGGCGGCCGUGGGAGCUUCGGGCGGCGCGGCGGGAGGCGGCGGCGGCGCGGGGUCGGCCUCGUCAUCGUCGUCUUCGGCGGCGGCGGCGCCUCCGUCGCAGCCGCCCCCGUCCCAGCCGGCGGGGGCGAGCGGGGCCGAGGCCAGCACGGCGGCGGCGGCGACGACGACCACGACGACGAGCGCGACCGCCGGCAGCACGGGGGGCGGCGGCGGGGGCUCCUCGGCGGCGUCGUCGGCGUCGUCGUCCUCGGCGGCGUCGGGCGCGGGCGGCUCCUCGGCGUCGGGCGCGUCGGAGUCGUGGUACGUGGCGCUGCUGGGCCUGGCCGAGCACUUCCGCACCUCCAGCCCGCCCAAGGUGCGCCUCUGCGUCCACUGCCUCCAGGCCGUGCUGCCCCGCAAGCCCCCCGCCCGCGUCGAGGCCCGCACCCACCUUCAGCUCGGCUCCGUCCUCUACCACCACACGCGCAACGGAGAGCAGGCCCGCGGCCACCUCGAGAAGGCGUGGUUGAUAUCACAGCAAAUUCCUCAGUUUGAGGAUGUCAAGUUUGAAGCAGCCAGCCUCCUCUCUGAGCUGUAUUGUCAAGAGAACUCGGUCGAUGCGGCAAAGCCACUGCUGCGUAAGGCCAUCCAGAUUUCACAGCAGACUCCAUACUGGCACUGCCGCCUACUCUUCCAGCUUGCACAACUCCACACUCUUGAAAAAGACUUGGUGUCGGCCUGUGAUCUUCUGGGAGUUGGAGCAGAAUACGCCCGUGUGGUCGGGUCAGAAUACACAAGAGCAUUGUUUCUGCUCAGUAAAGGCAUGCUGCUUCUGAUGGAGAGGAAGCUGCAGGAGGUGCACCCGCUCCUGACUCUCUGUGGGCAGAUCGUGGAGAACUGGCAGGGAAACCCCAUUCAGAAGGAGUCACUGCGGGUGUUCUUCUUGGUGCUCCAGGUGACACACUAUCUGGAUGCUGGCCAGGUGAAGAGCGUCAAGCCGUGCCUCAAGCAGCUUCAGCAGUGCAUCCAGACCAUCUCAACCCUCCAUGACGACGAGAUCCUGCCCAGCAACCCUGCAGAUCUUUUCCACUGGUUGCCUAAGGAGCACAUGUGUGUGCUGGUCUACUUGGUGACAGUGAUGCACUCGAUGCAAGCUGGCUACUUGGAGAAGGCACAGAAGUACACUGACAAAGCGCUUAUGCAGUUGGAAAAACUCAAAAUGCUGGACUGCAGCCCAAUCUUAUCCUCCUUCCAAGUUAUUUUGCUAGAGCAUAUCAUCAUGUGCCGACUCGUCACAGGGCAUAAAGCUACUGCGUUGCAGGAGAUUUCUCAGGUUUGCCAGCUCUGCCAGCAGUCUCCCAGACUCUUUUCUAAUCACGCAGCUCAGCUACACACUCUUCUGGGGCUGUACUGCAUUUCUGUCAACUGCAUGGAUAAUGCAGAGGCGCAGUUUACCACAGCACUGCGGCUGACCACUCAUCAGGAGCUGUGGGCGUUCAUCGUGACAAACUUGGCCAGUGUCUACAUCCGGGAGGGCAACCGGCAUCAAGAGCUUUACAGUUUAUUGGAAAGGAUAAAUCCAGACCACAACUUCCCUGUCAGCCCCCACCCCUGCUGGCUUCCUGCCUUUUGCCCAGGGACUGCAGGAUGCCCCACAACUGGCAACCUUGCCGCUAGACUUACCAGCAAACACAGGAACCUUCCAGAAGCCAGAAAAAGCUGCGAUCUGAACAAAGCGUGUGGAAAUGCGAUUGAUGCCCACGAAGCAGCACAAAUGCACCAGAACUUCUCUCAGCAGCUGCUCCAGGACCACAUCGAGGCUUGUAGCCUGCCAGAGCACAACCUCAUCACGUCUAAAAAUCAGUGCCUAGGAGAAACUGGCUUGCAAUGCAAGGAGAGAAUAGCUGGGGAGAAACUUGAAGGAAUUGCGGGGAAGACAAACAUGAGGAUUAAGAGAGGAGAAUCCCUUGGAUUUAGCCCCCAUCCCAGGAUGACUGAACUUUGA